CCUGUUUCUGAUACUGACUCUGGGCUACUGAAACUGAUGUUAUCUCUACUGUCCAGACUCAGUCAGGUACAGGUUGAUACUCUACUCUACUGUCCAGACUCAGUCAGGUCCAGGUUGAUACUCUACUGUCCAGACUCAGUCAGGUCCAGGUUGAUACUCUACUCUACUGUCCAGACUCAGUCAGGUCCAGGUUGGUACUCUACUCUACUGUCCAGACUCAGUCAGGUCCAGGUUGGUACUCUACUCUACUGUCCAGACUCAGUCAGGUCCAGGUUGGUACUCUACUGUCCAGACUCAGUCAGGUCCAGGUUGAUACUCUACUCUACUGUCCAGACUCAGUCAGGUCCAGGUUGGUACUCUACUCUACUGUCCAGACUCAGUCAGGUCCAGGUUGGUACUCUACUCUACUGUCCAGACUCAGUCAGGUCCAGGUUGGUACUCUACUCUACUGUCCAGACUCAGUCAGGUCCAGGUUGGUACUCUACUCUACUGUCCAGACUCAGUCAGGUCCAGGUUGGUACUCUACUCUACUGUCCAGACUCAGUCAGGUCCAGGUUGAUACUCUACUGUCCAGACUCAGUCAGGUCCAGGUUGGUACUCUACUGUCCAGACUCAGUCAGGUCCAGGUUGAUACUCUACUCUACUGUCCAGACUCAGUCAGGUCCAGGUUGGUACUCUACUCUACUGUCCAGACUCAGUCAGGUCCAGGUUGGUACUCUACUCUACUGUCCAGACUCAGUCAGGUCCAGGUUGGUACUCUACUCUACUGUCCAGACUCAGUCAGGUCCAGGUUGGUACUCUACUCUACUGUCCAGACUCAGUCAGGUCCAGGUUGGUACUCUACUCUACUGCCCAGACUCAGUCAGGUCCAGGUUGGUACUCUACUGUCCAGACUCAGUCAGGUCCAGGUUGAUACUCUACUCUACUGUCCAGACUCAGUCAGGUCCAGGUUGGUACUCUACUCUACUGUCCAGACUCAGUCAGGUCCAGGUUGGUACUCUACUGUCCAGACUCAGUCAGGUCCAGGUUGAUACUCUACUCUACUGUCCAGACUCAGUCAGGUCCAGGUUGAUACUCUACUCUACUGUCCAGACUCAGUCAGGUCCAGGUUGGUACUCUACUCUACUGUCCAGACUCAGUCAGGUCCAGGUUGGUACUCUACUGUCCAGACUCAGUCAGGUCCAGGUUGAUACUCUACUCUACUGUCCAGACUCAGUCAGGUCCAGGUUGGUACUCUACUGUCCAGACUCAGUCAGGUCCAGGUUGGUACUCUACUGUCCAGACUCAGUCAGGUCCAGGUUGGUACUCUACUGCCCAGACUCAGUCAGGUCCAGGUUGGUACUCUAUUGUACUAUACUAUUACUAUACCAUGCUAUACUAUGCUAUACUAUACUAUGCUAUGCUACACUAUACCAUGCUAUACUAUACUAUGCGACACUAUACCAUGCUACACUAUACUAUGCUAUACUAUACCAUGUUAUACUAUACUAUACUGUACUAUCCAGACACAGUCAGGUCCAUGUGGAUACUCUACUGUACUACUAUACUCUACUACUAUACUAUACUAUACUAUACUAUACUGUACUAUACUAUACCAUACUGUACUAUAAUAUACUGUUCAGACUCAGUCAGGUCCAGGCUGAUACUCUACUGUACUACUAUACUAUAUUAUACAAUACUCUACUACUAUAAGACACUCUACUAUACUACUAUACUGUACUAUACUAUACUAUACUAUACUACUAUACUAUACUAUACUGUACUAUACUAUACUAU